CUUAGACUAACUGGUUUGAGCAAUCCUACUAUAAUCUUUACUACUGGCUGUUGGUCUUUUGGAUACUUCCUAUUGACUCACUUCCUGUUCUAAGCUGAUAGCACUACCACCACUAUCUGCAACAAUCGUCCUCACCAGCUCUUGUAAACUAUCACUCGUCAAUAAUGCUCUAUUCACUGCUGCUCUCCUUGCAGCUGCUUCCUUUAACCGCCAUUGCAUUUUCUCUUAUGGAUUGUCGAACAAUGUCUCGUGGCGGCUCUUCAUCUCCCAAUGCCGAGUCUAUUUUGUCCGCCAACUUGACUGUUCAGGCAUGUGUGGAUAUUUGUUCCAGCAAUUCCAAAGCAUUUGCAUUGCUAGGUGGUGCUGCCUGCAGAUGCAUCACUAGCAAGUCUGCUCUUGAAUCCACUACAUAUACGGUGAAUAUGCCCGAAUGCUCUCUUGUUUGCUCUGACGGAUUGCCUUGCGGUAGUUCUGUAGCGUUGAACCGAUUUUCCGUUUACAACGUCACUGAGGCGUCAUUACCACCAACAAAUGGACCCCAAGACGGACCUGGUAAAAACGACACUGGCAUUCCUAAACAGGGGCCUAAUAAAACAACAAAUGAAAGUGUUGGUCCUGGAAACUCCAUCAACCAACAGCAGAUUGCUAUCAUUGUUGGUGUUCUUGCAGCCGUCCUUAUCAUCAUAAUUGUUUCUUUUAUUCUCAUCCGUCGCCACAGAAAACGAAAGGCAAUCCCUGCUACACCCAUGAUCGACUCGUCUGGAUCUACAGAAUAUUUGAUCCCAAAACUCUUACCUCGCACUCCCAAUCAACUCUAUUCUGUCUACGCGGUCUACAAAGCACGGAGACAAGAUGAGUUGUCAUUAGGAUUGAAACAGGUCGUUGCUAUUCGAAAUACAUACUCGGAUGGAUGGGCCAUGGGAACCGAUUUGAGUACCGGUGCUGCCGGUGUAUUCCCUUUGACUUGUUUGAUCCCUGACAGAGAAAAAGCACCUGCCCACGCCUUGGCUGUUCCAGAGCGGACUCAGGCCUCGAUACAGAUUAGCAUGAUACCUCCACCCCUUACAGCUCCGUGAGUUUCGCAUUAAGAUUAGGCUAUUCAAAAGUGUGUCCUAUCUUAUUUGGGGAGACUUGAUAUCGUUUCAUCCUUGUAUUUUUUCCAGCUCAAUCAGUUUGUCUUCAAAGCGUAUUUUAGGUUUAAUGUCUAGUUGCAAUUUUAUAUUACUUAUCGACAUGGUUGUCAUCCUGUUUCACUUAUGAAUAUGCCAUUUGCUAAUACCAUCUCAUCCCCAAUCUAAAACAGACUGUGCUGCUAUUUAGAGCAUUUUUAAAUGAACCGAUAUCGUUAAUUGUAUC